AGUUUACUGUCUACCUCCCUAUAAGUACUCAGUGGUUUAAGAAGUGCAGAAGACGCAAAAUACGCAGUCUUGACGGUUUUAUACUUAGUUUUCAAACAUGCAAUUUCCAAAGUGGCGCUCAAAAUCCAACCAUCCAAUUACGUUCCAAUAUGACGAACGCGGAUAGAUCACCGCUCGAGUAGAAUCGUUUAGAUUUCAAUUGUUUUUCAGACAUCUGGAAUUGUUUUAAAUGAUUAGUUCGUGAAAUCAAAAAAAUAGAAAUUUAAGGAUUAACUUCCACGUUAACAAUCGCUAGCAUUUCAGCGUGAUAUCAGUUGUCACAUCACCGGCUAAUCAUAUGAUGCGUAACUCGAGUCAGAAUUUGAAUUUUGACUUUAGUUUGCAUUUACCUUGGAUGAUAGAAAUAUUCAAUAUAAGCUAUUUUCUCCGUUAAAUUAUUUUUUAUUAUUAGUUCAUUUUAUAAGCUGUCAAAAAAAUGUUAUUGCAAUAAUAAUUCAUACAUGUCAUUCACGAAGAAUUACUUUCCAUGUAAUAUUAUUUAUGCGUAAUAUUUUCAUAGUGGUUGUUUUAACUUAGAGUACAAUAAUUAACAUAUGUAUUACGUGGAUGCAUGGACAACGAGAACGCCUCUCUAACUGUGUUCGUAACUCACGGCCGACGCUCGUGCACAGCGCAGAGAGAGAGAAAGAGAGAGAGAGAGAGAGCGUGGCGCAGAAGAGCUGAAAAAACGAUUGUGCAAGUACAUUAUUCGAAAGCACCACAAGUAGAUGGUGGCUUGUUUCUUUGUGCAAGUGCAUUUAGCUUUCAGUUUAUAAAAAUUCAAUUUUGCUGUUGACAAUUAGGAAGAAAACUGGUGAUUUUGUGUGCGGCACGCCCGUAACCUGCUUCAUGAAUGCCGUUCUCGUCCACCUCGCUCAAGAUCUCGUAAAUUUUGGUGACUGCAUUCGCCUUGUCUGUUGUGUUCUCUACUUUGCAGAUCGCGCCGACGCGAAUUUGUCGCGUCAGCUUGGAUACAGCAUAGAGAUCAUGGUGGGGACGGACAAAUAACCUCGUAUAUACAUAUAUAUAAAUAUAUAUAUUGAAGACACGAUACAGAACGAGUCGGGACACGGUAGUUCGCAGUGACGGCGACAGCAACUGCCAUUGGUGUUUCUUAUCGAACGUGUGCAGCGCCACCAUACAUAAAUUCUGCUGCUUCUGCUACAACAGAAGCAGCCGGCAGCGGGUAUAGUGCAUGGUGCGACUGUUCGCCGCCAAGUGCUAAGCUAGAGAGCGCGCGCCACUUAACCUGUGCAUGGCAUCGUCUGAAUGUUAAGCAGCAUUCAGUGUAACUAUUUCGUUCGUUGUAAACCGAGUGGUGUUUGCUGGAGGUUAGGAUCAGUUUGUGAUGGCAGUAUAAAAGCCGAAUGUGAUUGCAAACCAAGUGCUUACGUAUUGUCAGAACAUCGUUCGUUUUGUUCUGUUCAGUUGUCCGUCCCUCUCUCAGCAGCUAGCGUUCCCCCUCCAUCUCAUUCCGACUCGCUCGAGUUUUUUUCCUACGAGGCCGCGCGCGCGAUCGUGCGUUGGGACUGUCGAUCAUUCUGUGUAGAAGAUCAUUUCAAAGCAAAUCGAAACUCGACGGAGAGUGAGCGAGAAAGAUAACGAGGGAGAGAGAGAGAGAGAUAGAGAGAGAGCGCGCGCGUGAGAGGGAUAGAGGUCGCAGAGUGAGUAAGGGCGAAAGCAGAGGGGACAUGGAAAGUGUCGCUGCUGAUGUGAUGUGAUUGCGAACGAGCGAGCGCACUGCUCCCAACCAUCAUGGCGGCUCCCGUGUUACAGUGGAAGAAAAUCUCAAAUCCGAGCGGGCCCCAGCCUCGACCUCGCCAUGGGCAUCGCGCAGUCGCCAUAAAGGACCUUAUGGUGGUCUUCGGCGGUGGUAACGAGGGCAUCGUCGACGAGCUGCAUGUUUACAAUACUGCUACCAAUCAAUGGUUUGUUCCCUCGACGAAGGGAGACAUCCCUCCCGGAUGCGCUGCUUAUGGAUUUGUCGUGGAUGGCACGCGUAUAUUAGUUUUUGGUGGCAUGGUAGAGUAUGGCAAGUACUCCAACGAGUUAUAUGAGUUGCAAGCCAGCAGAUGGGAAUGGAAGAGACUCAAGCCCAGACCACCCAAGCAGGAGCCUCCUCCAUGUCCAAGACUGGGACAUAGUUUCACUUUGAUUGGAAAUAAAGUCUUCCUGUUUGGAGGAUUGGCAAAUGACAGUGAUGAUCCGAAGAACAACAUACCUCGAUAUUUGAAUGACCUGUACAUAUUGGAGCUAUUGCCAAACGGAGCCACAGCCUGGGAAGUUCCUACAACUCAUGGUCAUGCUCCUCCUCCCAGGGAGUCACACACAGGAGUUGCGUAUACUGACAGAAGGACUGGGAAAUCAUGUCUGGUGAUUUAUGGUGGCAUGAGCGGCUGUCGUUUGGGGGAUUUGUGGUUUUUGGAUGUUGACAGCAUGACUUGGAACAAGCCUAUUGUGCAUGGACCUACUCCUUUGCCUCGCUCUCUGCACACAGCCACCUUGAUUGGGCACCGAAUGUAUGUAUUUGGUGGGUGGGUACCUCUUGUGGUUGAUGAUGUGAAAGUAGCCACCCACGAAAAAGAAUGGAAGUGUACCAGUACAUUGGCUUGCUUGAAUUUAGAAUCAAUGACCUGGGAGCAGUUGACUAUUGACACAGUCGAAGAAAACGUACCUCGGGCUCGUGCUGGUCACUGCUCGGUCGGCAUUCACAGCCGCCUGUACAUAUGGUCAGGUCGUGACGGUUACCGCAAAGCGUGGAACAACCAGGUGUGCUGCAAAGACCUCUGGUAUUUGGAAGUGAGUAAACCACCAGCACCCUCACGUGUACAGCUAAUCAAAGCGUCCACCCAGUCUCUGGAAGUCAGCUGGACGGCGACUCCUUCGGCCCAGUACUAUAUCUUGCAAAUUCAGAAGUUCGAUGUUCCUCCUACUGGUACCAUCGUCAGUUUCUCUGGAACUUCUUCAUCUGCAACGCCAGUUACCACCUCUGCCACUGGUUCUCAAGCUUUACCGAGUCUCGCCUCCAGCAAUGCGAAUGUUUCUCCGUCGAUGUCAAUAGCCUCAUCGGGUAGACCAGCAGCAGUGUCGGCGGCAACAGCAGCAGCAACUGCAGCCGCCCAAUCGGCAACGACACCGAUUCGCAUGCAAGCAAUCGGCCAAAAGAUGGCAAGUUCGCCUGCCGGCAGCAAGGUCGCAGUUGGCAGUUCCGUGGUUUCGCGUGCAACCAACGUUAUUAGGAUCCAGCAGCCCAAUGUUGUGUCUAGCGGCGGCAAUUUGGUGGUCUCUGCAGCUGCGACGACAAGUAGCACGCCCACGACAACACUCGCCGUUUCCAGUGGUACCACGACUACAAGCGUCGCGGCACAACCGACUGCGGCAAUGUCCGGCAUGGCCGCUUUGGCGGCCGCGGCUAUGACUCACAAAGUAACGAACAGCGUGCCCGUAGUGGCGGCACAGAGCGCUACCGCAGCAGCGACCGCCGGGACUCCGAUUAGGAUGAAAACCGUAACCGGACAGCAAAUUCGAUUCGCCGCACCAGGUGCCACCGUUCUGCGAGCUACCUCGCCACAGCAGGGCAAGCAGAUUAUCCUGCAGCAAAAACCUGGUCAGCUGGUACACCUGGUGAAGGCGGGCAGUGGCCAGCAGGUGGUGACCAUGCCUAAGAUGAACCUGAUACAGGGUAAAACCACGCUGCAGACCGGUGGGACUGUGGCGGGUAAGGCGGGUGCCACGCAGCAGCCAACCAUCCUGAGGCUGGUCAGUCCAAACGCGGUAGGUGGAGCCAAGGUGCUAACCACGGUUAAAGGCACCAAUUUGGUGGCCAUGAGCAAGGCUCAGAACAUCGCCGGCAAACAGACCAUUAUGCUGACUAAGCCCGGCGGCAACGGCAACCUCGUUGGCCGGCCGAAUCAAAUCAUUAUGGUGACUUCGGGUUCGGGUCUUCGCGCUGUGCAAGCCGUGACAACCUCACAGGCUGGUGCCGGCCAAGCUAGCAGUCUCGCCAGCACGCCUGUGAAUGUGGUACCGCUGUCAGCUGCGGCAGCCAACCACGUGGGCAAUCAACCAGGCGUUAAAAUGAUCGUGGUGUCGUCGAGCGCAAUGGCCGGCGGCACCGCCGGCAAGCCGCUCACUAUCACGAUGCCCGGCCAAGGCGGCAAGACCGUUACUAUUGCGACUAAGGCCGGCCAACAGAUUCUACAUAAGAACCAGCUGGUGGCCAUGCCACAAAUCCAGAAGGCCGCUGCUGCUGCUGGCGAGGCUACCGUUGGCGUGGGCAAGCCAGUCACGCUGCAGGUGCAGGGUGGCGGCAAGACUGUCACCCUCGUGCCGACGAGCAGCUCGAUCGUGGCUGGCUCACAGGCAGACGCGAUUGAUACCAGUAAAAUGCUCAUCGUUUCACCACAGAAGCAGCCAUCGGCUACGUUGGCGACUAGCUCGGACGGUCCUGCGACCACAGACGCGGCCUUGGCAGCCCUGGCUGCCGAAGCCGGACUCAUCGAUCCGCUACCAGAGCCUUCAGGUGGUCUGUCUUUUAUGAUGGCCUGUGACGAUGCUCAGGAGCCCAAAACCACCGUCUCUGCUGCUCAAGAAGGUUGCAAUGGUAGUCAGGAUCCAGCUAACACAGCCCUGACAACGGAGCCCAUACAAAUGGAUGGCGACGGCAACAUUGUCAUACCGCAGCUUGACGGCCCAGGAGAUCUAAUUUUCUCGGAGGAUGAGAGUGAAGCCGCGGCCGGAGAAGAGGAGCCGUCCACCGUAGCCGCUGAAACCGAAGCCGUAACUAACUCCAAUGCCCAAGAAGAAAUGGAGCAAGAUGUCGCUGCCAUCACCGGUGAGACCGGUGAAACUGAGCCGACGACGUCAACCACCACCGACGAGGUCAACAAGGAGGCCGAGCUUGCUGCUGAGUCGACGCCCACUCAAGAAUCCGAGGCGAUGAGCGUCGAGGACAUUUUGGCUGGCAAUGAAUCACCAACAUCCGAAGAUAAGCCGACAAGUACCGAGGUAGACGCUUCGGAGGCUAGCGCGAAAGACGCACCCACUGAAGAGAAAGCAGCAGAGAUAAUCGAAGCAACCGAAAAAACAGAUCUCCCCGUGAUCGAAGAGACACAAAAGAAAGAACAAGAGGAGACGCCCGACGCCCUACAAGAAGAAGAAAAGAGACAACAGGAACCUGCAGAAGCGUUAAAGGAUCAAACGGAGUCGAAAAAGGUCGCGGAAACGGAGAAACUGACGAUGGAAUCGACCGAAGAACCCCUCGUCGAGCCGCCGACUGCUAACCAGAUAUCUAGUGAGGAAACAUCUAGCUGUGCCGAGGCUCAAGCUGAGAAAUCUCAAGAGGUGGAGGAACCAGCCAGUGGAGCUCUAACGGUAACUGCGACUGAUCCUGCCGCACCAAAGGUUACUGAUGAACCCAUGAACGUUGAUGAGCCGGAACCAACGCCUGUCGAUACAACAACAGAGCCUACAAACCCUGAGCCAUCUGUCCCAGAGAUCAAAGAAGAAGACUUAUCGUCGAAAGAUGAGCCAAUGGAUGAGACUCCGGAAGUCGUCGGUGCUACAGCUCCAGACACGGCUGGUGGUCAGGCUAAAGCCACCACAGAGAUACUUCAACCCAAAGUUGAAACUACAAUUAAGGUUGAAGAGACGAGUACAGCCUCCAUCAAGCAGGAAAAACCCGACGAUUCAACAGGCGACGCUUCGAUAGCUCUGACUACACUCGCAACGGCUGCCUUGAGUUCGACUCAGUCGGCACAGGUAGCUGCGUCUGCUACUGCUACUGCAGCUGCAGCUACUACUACUACUGCAGUUGCUACUGCUGUUGCUGCCAGGCCUAAAGUCGAGCCCUCGAUUAAUAACGCCACUAACAGUAUAGAAAUUAAGGAAGAAGAGAAAAAGGCGGUAGAAUGGCAUGAUGUCGGAAUUAUAAAAGGCACAACUUACACGGUUUCACAUUACUUUCUUCCGGGGAACCAACAACAACCAAUGGAUGUGACUCAUGCUCUGACUACGGAUUUAUUCAAAGGCAGGGCUAAAGUAGCUCUGGAACCUGGAACUGCGUACAAAUUCCGAGUUGCUGCUGUAAAUAGUUGCGGCCAAAGUCCUUGGAGUGAGAUAUCAGCUUUCAAAACAUGUCUUCCUGGCUUUCCUGGUGCUCCAAGUGCUAUCAAAAUAGUAAAGUCUCCUGAUGGUGCUCAACUUUCGUGGGAACCGCCGUCCAGCAACUCUGGACCAAUAUUAGAGUAUUCCGUGUAUUUGGUUGUACGAAGUACUGGUGCCAUUUCUGAGAAUACUGGAGAUGUAACAUCGACGACACCUACGCAACCUUCGUUUAUUCGAGUUUACUGUGGACCCACUAACGCGUGCUCUGUCUCCAACAAAUCAUUGAGUGCAGCUCACGUAGACACUACUACUAAACCGGCUAUUAUUUUUAGAAUAGCUGCGCGCAAUGACAAAGGUUACGGACCUGCUACUCAAGUGAGGUGGUUGCAAGAUCCAACGACAGCUGUUAAAAAUACUAUACAAGGAAAACGAAUUGGAACAGAUAUGCGCUCUCAGAUCAACUCACCCAUGAAGAAAAUAAAAACAGAUGCGACGAACGAUAAUUUUUCGUGAGCUACUUGAAUUAUAUGACUACAAAAAUACAUUAUUUGUAAUUGAGUUUUUGCUCGUGCGUUGCCCGAAAACGACAACGACCGUGAGUUCGUUUAAGAAUAUCAAAAGAACGAAAUAAUUUUAAGCAUAUAAGAGUUUUGUUUAGCAUUCAGUGCAUGGAUUUGUGCUUUAGAUGCUAAGAAAGGAAAAAUAUAUCGAGUUGUUUUUAAUGUCUCUGUGCUGGAAGACUUGUCAAAGACAAAUAUAAAUAGAUUUACACAAAAUCACCAUCAAAGACUUCAAGCUUCAAAAGACAUUAUAAAAAAGGAGUCUACUUUUGAUUUCGAGUUUCAAAUCCUACAUUUUUAUAUGUAUUUAUAUAUAUAAAUAUAUAUAUAUAUAUAUAUAAAUAUCUAUAAAUGAAUAUAAAUAUAUAUAUUUAUAUUUGUGUAUAUUUAUAUAUAUAUAUAUAUACACAUACAUAUUUAUGUAUGUACAUAUAUAUUUCUUUCAAUUUUGUGUCUCCUAAUUAGACUGCAAUACAUGUAAGAUGAGGGAAGCGCUAAAGCGUUUAAAAGUAAUCAUCUUGUGUUUAAUAAAACAACGAGAUGAUAUUGUCUAAAUGAGUUCGAAAAUAAUUUUUUGUAAUUUUGAAAAUGUAUGCUUACAAUAUUAUUAUUUCUCAACAUCACUGAAUACUGGCAAUUUUUUUUAUAUAAAUAUAAUUAUAUGUUAAAAAGAUUCAGUUUCUCCAAGUGGUAUUGUUUAGCGAGUAUAUAAGUAUAUUAGAAAUUUUUAAAUUAAAAUAUAUUAAUUGUACAUUGAGAGUAAUAUUAAUAUAAGCUAAUAUUUCGAAUAAUUGAUGUAAACAAACAAGUGGGAUUUAAUAACUAAAGUUUUUAAAUUAUUUUCUGGAUGCUUUUUAUUAAUAUUUAUGUAUCCUGUUUUAUGUUCCCUUUCAAAACCAAAUUUAAAUAAACAAACAUUCUCCAUGUGUAUGUGAUUGUACAUAAAUUUAGAAAUUUCAUUAAUUUUGAGAAAUAAAUAUAUGAAAAAAAUUUUUUUUUGCUACCACAUUUGUACAAAUGCAUGGAGGUUUCAAUAACUAAAUACGUGUGUAUACAUGCUUAGUUACUGUGUUAUUGGUAUAGACCAAUGUUGAAAUUGUCUUAGGAAGAAUUAUUAAUCCUGAAGAAUUUUACAAUUAUUCAGAAAUAACUUUACUUAGCGGACGGUGAUUGCGGUGUUAAUAUUAUCUACAUAAGAAUUAAGCUCAGUGAUAAUUUUAAGGUAAUCGUAGUACUGUAAUGAAGGUAAAUAUUAAAUUUAAAAUAUAUUUUAUAGUUCAUUUUUGUUCCUUGAUUAAGUACGCAGUGCAUCAAACUAAAAUUAUGUAUACUGUCAUCCAAGUGGCAUGUUGAAAUUGUAAUUAUCAAUAUUUCGUUUGUAUUGCUCAUUAUUUACUAGUUUUAUUUGAUUCCCGUAGAAGUUAGGAAAGUUUGAGCUUUAAAUUAUCACUGUAGUUAUAUUUAUCAAUAAUCAUAAAAAAUUACCUAAUGGACAAUAUGUCAAACAUUUUUCAUACUUUGAAAUUGCGUGUGAUCAUAUAUUUUCUACUGACAUCAAAUCAUUAUUGACUUAAUAAUUUACUCUUAAGAAAAUACCUAUACAAGCAUCAUGUAUGUACA